UCCCAAGAUGACCUCCCAUCCAGGUUUAAGCUGUAAAGGGAAGGUUCCAGCGUGCCCAGCCUGGGUCCCUCUACUCCAAAUCCUGCCUAGGACACCAGUUAGAAAAACUCUUCCUGGGGCUAGAGACAAGGACAAAGAUCUGUAUGUGUUGAGCAGGGACUUUUGCGUGGCAGGGCCAUCCCCCACUCCCUUCCCCAGAACCUCCCUCCACCAACCUCCUGUCCUCAUACUGCAGAUCCUGUCCCGGAAGCUGCAAGCAGUUCUACUUCCAACAUGAGGCGCUCGGUUCUGGUUAGGAACCCAGGCCACAAGAACCUUAGACCCCUUUAUGGAGACCUUCCUUCAGACCCUGAGGACCUAGACCCCAGUCCCCAAGAUCCAGACCCUAUUUCUGAAAGCCCUGAGCCAGAGUCGGAAGACCUCAACACUGUAUCAGAAGAUGGGGAUGCCAGCUUGGAAGACCUGGACCCUGAGGCGGACCCAAGAUCAAUCUUGGGGAAGCCAGACUCAGAUUCUCAAGACCUCGAUCCCAUGUCUUCGAGUUUCGACCUAGAUCCUGAUGUCAUUGGCCCGGUACCCCUGGUUCUCGACCCAAGCAGUGACACCCUCAGCCCGGCUGCUCCAGACAUAGGUUCCCUUCCCUCAGGUCUCACUCCCACCCCGGAAAUCUUGGCCACCAGCCCAGCAGUGCUUCCUACCCCUGCCAGUCCACCACGUCCUUUCUCCUGUCCCGAUUGCGGCCGAGCCUUCCGUCGCAGCUCUGGGCUGAGCCAGCACCGACGCACCCACAGUGGAGAGAAACCUUACCGCUGUCCCGACUGUGGCAAGUCAUUCAGCCACGGCGCCACACUGGCCCAGCAUCGUGGAAUCCACACAGGUGCACGGCCCUACCAGUGUGCUGCCUGCGGCAAGGCCUUCGGUUGGAGGUCCACGCUGCUCAAGCAUCGCAGCAGCCACAGCGGAGAGAAGCCACACCACUGCCCCGUGUGUGGCAAGGCCUUUGGUCACGGCUCAUUGCUGGCCCAACACUUGCGCACGCACGGUGGCCCUCGUCCUCACAAGUGCCCAGUGUGUGCCAAAGGUUUUGGGCAAGGUUCUGCGUUGCUUAAACACCUGCGCACCCACACAGGCGAGCGUCCCUAUCCAUGCCCUCAGUGCGGCAAGGCCUUUGGGCAGAGCUCCGCGUUGCUGCAGCAUCAGCGCACCCACACUGCUGAGCGGCCCUACCGCUGUCCUCACUGCGGCAAGGCCUUCGGCCAGAGUUCCAAUUUGCAGCACCACCUCCGCAUCCACACUGGUGAACGACCUUAUGCCUGCCCACACUGCUCCAAGGCCUUUGGGCAGAGUUCGGCCCUCCUGCAGCACCUCCACGUGCAUUCUGGCGAGCGCCCCUACCGUUGUCAGCUCUGUGGCAAGGCCUUUGGCCAAGCCUCCAGCCUCACCAAGCAUAAGCGCGUGCAUGAGGGAGCUGCAGCUGCCGCCGCUGCAGCAGCUGCCGCUGGGCUGGGCCUCGGCCCUGCCUUGAGCCCAGCAUCUAUGAUGAGGCCAGGGCAGAUCUCUUUCCUGGGUCCUAAUGCUGUUUCUGUGCUGGAAUCUGGCCUGGACCUCAGCCCUGGUGCCAGUUCUGCCCGAAGUCCUGACCCUACUUCUGUGCUAAAUUCACUCAGAAAUCCCAUCCUCCACUCAGGAUCUAUCUCCAGUCCGGAUCUUGUUCUGUCUUCUGACCCUAAGCCAGGCCAUGAUGCUGAUCCUGAUGUGGUACCCAGUCCUAACCAAGAAUCUGAUCCCAGCCCUAACCCUGAUCUAGUCCCCAGGCUUGACCCCAAACCCAAGUCCCACACUGACCCCUCCUCUCCUACUCAUGACAGUCCCAAACCAGCCCUUCCAACUGGAGAGAGUCCCAAAUGGGUAAAGGAGGAAGGGGCAUUGCUGGGACCUGAUGGAUAAAGGGGGUGCUGACGUCUAUGGUGGUCUGGGAAGGUAUGUGUUAUAUUCAUAGUAAAAUCUUCCUGUGUCCUGGCUCUGUGUUGUUG